AUGUCUGCUGAAGAAUUUAAGAAACAAGGUAAUGCUGCGUUUGUAGCUAAAGAUUACGAAAAGGCCUCGGAAUUGUUCACAAAGGCAAUCGAGGCAUCUGAGGCGCCAAACCAUGUCCUAUACUCGAACAGAUCUGCGUGUUUUACCUCGCUCAAGAAGUUCAAUGAGGCACUAAACGACGCCAACGAGUGUGUUAAGAUCAACCCUGCGUGGUCCAAAGGCUACAACAGAGUGGGCGCUGCGUACUUCGGCCUUGGUAAGCUGGAUGAGGCAGAACAAGGCUACAAGAAGGCGCUGGAGAUCGACACGUCGAACAAGGCCGCGCAGGACGGGCUUGAGCAGGUUCAGAAAGCUCAGAAGUCGCAGCAGCAACCAGAUCUUGGAUUCGGCCAGAUGUUCAGCGACCCCAACAUGAUCGAAAAGCUUAAGAACAAUCCAAAAACCGCUGAGCUCAUGAAAGACCCACAGCUUGUUUCUAAGGUGCUGCAGUUCCAAUCUAACCCACAGAUGAUGGGCCCAGAAAUUCUACAAGACCCUCGCAUGAUGACAAUCAUGGCUGCUAUGUUAGGUGUCGAUUUGAGCAUAGGUGGGGACUCAAACGGUCAGGAACCAGCUGCUCCAUCCAAGGAAGCGCCAGCAACUAAAGAGACCGCCUCUGAGGCUGAAAGUGCUAAACCAGCGCCUGAGGCCAAGGCCGCACCCAGUGCUUCUUCCGCUGAAGCUUCUUCCUCGGCCACCGCUGAUGCCGGGCCAAUGGAAGUCGAUGAACCACAACCUGAGCAGGACUCGAAGAAAAACGCUGACGCUGAAAAGGCUGAAGGUAACAAGUUCUACAAAGCCCGUAAGUUUGACGAAGCCAUUGAGCACUACAACAAGGCCUGGGACCUGCACAAAGAUGUUACAUACCUGAAUAACCGCAGUGCAGCAGAAUAUGAGAAGGGCGACUACGAGCAAGCCAUCAAGACAUUGACUGAGGCUGUUGAACAAGGCAGGGAAAUGAGAGCUGACUACAAGCUGAUCUCGAAGUCCUUCGCUCGUAUUGGAAAUGCUUAUCUGAAGCUGGAAGAUUUUAAAAAGGCUAUUGAGUUUUACCAGAAAUCUCUGACUGAACACCGUACCCCAGAUAUCCUGACAAAAUUGAGAAACUGUGAAAAAGAACAGAAAGUUCGCGAAGCCCAGGCCUACAUCGACCCAGAGAAGGCCGAGGAAGCUCGUUUGCAGGGCAAAGAAUAUUUCACUAAGGGUGACUGGCCUAAUGCUGUCAAGGCUUACACUGAAAUGACCAAGAGGGCACCUGAGGAUGCGCGUGGCUACUCUAACAGAGCUGCGGCUCUUGCCAAGUUGAUGUCGUUCCCAGAGGCCAUCAAGGACUGUGACAUGGCCAUUUCCAAAGACCCCAACUUCAUCAGAGCAUACAUUAGAAAGGCAACUGCCCAAAUCGCGGUGAGAGAGUUUGCCUCCGCUAUAGAAACUUUGGAUGCUGCUCGUGCUAAGGACACCGAGCUCAACAACGGUGCAAAUGUUAGAGAAAUCGACCAGUUAUAUAUCAAGGCUUCUCAGCAAAGAUUCCAGCCACAAGACCCUAACGAAACCCCAGAGCAAGCCUACGCUAGAGCUUUGAAGGACCCAGAGGUGGCCUCCAUUAUGCAAGACCCAGUGAUGCAAAGUAUUCUAUCGCAGGCUCAACAGAACCCUGCCGCUUUACAAGAGCACAUGAAGAACCCUGAGGUGUUUAACAAGAUCCAAACUUUGAUCGCUGCCGGUAUUAUCCGCACUAGGUAA